AUGUCCGACCUGCUGCUUGUCGAUAUCGGCUACGUCUACACCGAGGUGCUGGCGAUCAAGCCCGGGGUGGCCCGUGUCCGCGCCGGGUUCAACACCCACAAGACCAAGCUGCUCCAGUUCCGCUUGAACCAGUUGCGCAACUUGUACUUUGCCGUCCACGACCACCAAGAAGCGUUUGCCCAUGCGUUGUACCAGGACUUCCACCGGCUGGAGACGGAGACCCGCAUCGCCGAAAUCCACACCGUGCUCAAGAACAUCCUCUAUGCCAUGGCCAAUUUGCACCAGUGGAUCCAGCCGGAAGCGGUAUCCGAUUUGCCGAUCAACUUGCGUACUAAUAAGGUAUAUACCGAGCGUAUCCCCUAUGGGGUGGUGUUGGUGAUGGGCGCUUAUAACUACCCUGUCCACGUCACGUUGUCGCCGUUGGCGGGGGCGAUUGCUGCUGGUAAUGCCGUGGUGUUGAAACCGAGUGAACAGACUCCGAGAUUCUCGCAAUUGCUCACCGAGGUGUUGACGAGAGCAUUGGACCCCGACGUGUUCUGGAUGGUCAACGGGGGUGUCCCCGAGACCCAGGCGUUGUUGGAUGAGAAGUUCGAUAAAAUCAUCUUUACUGGAUCGCCUACUGUCGGUACCAUUGUCGCCAAAAAGGCCGCGGAAACUUUGACUCCUACCUGUCUCGAAUUAGGUGGUAAGUCUCCCGCAAUUGUGUUGCUGGACGUCAAGGAUAAAGACAUCGACACCAUUGCCAAACGUAUCGUGUGGGGCAGAUUCACUAACGGUGGCCAAACCUGUAUUGCCGACGACUACGUGCUUGUCCACCAAUCUCGCCACAAACGGUUGGUGGAGGCAAUGAAGCGGGCAGUGGAAGAACUGUACCCUAACCUCACCCCCGACUCGCCUGACUACACCCACAUGGUGCUGUCGCGUGCCUACGACGGCAUCAUCGACUUAAUCACCACCUCUAAAGGCACGGUGGUCACCGGCGGGGUCACUGACGCCGACCGCAACACCCGUUUUGUGCCCCCUACGAUCUUGGACGACGUGCUGUGGACGGACUCGCUGAUGAAGCGCGAGAUCUUCGGCCCCGUGUUGCCCGUGGUGGUGUACGACCUGUUGCCUGACGCCUGUGCCCGCAUUGUCAACUACCACGACACCCCGUUAGCGCUCUACAUCUUCACCUCAGGCCCUACUGCUAGAGGUAAGAACCCUCAGGUCGACCUUAUUCGUCGUCUGGUGCGCUCGGGUGGUACCAUUGUCAACGAUACGUUGAUCCACGGGGUGUUAUCCAAUGCUCCCUUCGGUGGUAUCGGUUCUUCAGGUACUGACGCUUACGGCGGUAAGUGGUCGUACGAUAACUUCACCCACGAGCGGGUUACCAUUGAGCAGAAGUUGUGGAACGAGUUCAUGGUCGGUGUGCGCUACCCUCCCUUCAACGAGAAGAAGGGCAAGGCGUUGCAGUACGCUUUGCAAGAAUACGGGGGCCAUGUGUGGUUCAACCGCUCGGGCGACGUCCCCAUCGACGGGCCGCUGAGCUUCUUCAAGUUGUGGGCGGGGGUCACCGGCACCGCCUGCUUGAUCUUGGCGUUCGCCCAGGCGUUGUAA